AUGGACUACUCGUACUUCAGCACCCCGCCGCAGCCCUACUUCAUGGGCAUGCCCAACAGCGGCUUCGCGCAUGGCGUCGAUCCUGAGACGAUACGCAGCAUUGAGCCCUUGGAGGCCGGUUUCCUGUCUGGCCCGUACGACGCCUUCUCUUUCAGCCACGGCCUGCCGACGACACAUGGCUCACCCGACCCAGCAAUAGCAGCGACGCCGAUGCAAGUCGGCAGUCUGGACAGUGGAAUUGGCGGUGAUGUCGAGGAUAGCCGGGGGAGCCGGACGCGGAGCAGCAGUGAGGAGAAGGAGGCAGCUCUGACGCCAGCGCAGAGCAGGCGAAAAGCGCAGAAUCGCGCAGCACAGCGCGCCUUCCGCGAGCGCAAGGAACGACAUGUGCGCGACCUCGAGGCCAAGCUGUCGGCCCUCGAAUCCAGCACCCACUCGUUGCAGUCGGACAACGAACGCUUGAAGCUCGCACUGCAGCGUGCCCGGACCGAGAACGAGAUCCUUCGGGCCACGACCGGCCACUCCCCUACGUCCUCGAGACCAGUUUCCGCAAGCUAUCCUUCUCCCGGUGCCCACCUUCCCGAAGAUGGUGACGACGUAUAUAACGUGCAGGAGCUAUCCAACGGAAGCGUAGUGAACAGCGCCGACAAAGACCAUGCCGCCUCCCGCACGAAGAACAAGAGCCGCGAGAUUCCCGCCGCCCAGACAUGGGAUCUCAUCCAGUCACAUCCUCUCGUCAAGCAGGGUCUUGUCGACAUCGCCGACGUCUGCGAGCGGCUGAAGGGUGCUGCUAGGUGUGAUGGCAACGGCCCCGUAUUCGAGGAAACAAUCGUGUGGGCAGCAAUCGAGGGUUCACGAAGAAGCGGCGGCGACGAAUUGAUUUAA